AUGCGCGCACCCCUCAAGACCAACGACUCGGAUCAGAAUUUUGACAUUCCUCAGUCAAAAGAGGAAAAGCCCGAAGCUUAUCCUGAUGGCCCUAUCUGCGUUUACGGCCGCUAUUUGGAUCUUUACCUUGAACCAACUGCUGAGCAGGCAUCUCAAUACGAUGUCAUCCUGAACGUUGCUAGCGAAGUCAGGAAUCCCUUUGACAGCGAGACGUUCCAACCUUCCGGUCCCGAGUUGCGUCUCGAUGGCGGUGGUGGCAUCCAGUAUGCCCCGAAACGCAACUUCCUGACUUCUCAGACAGCGUUCGGUCGCGAAAAUCUCAGCCCGGUCUACGAGUCUUCGCCAACCACGCCCAAGGCCAGUCCCUUCUCAAGAGACAUCACAUCUGCGCCUCAAUCAAAAGAGCCUUCCAAAUCAGAGCCAGAAUACAUCCACAUCCCGUGGGAGCACAACACUGACAUUGUGCCUGACCUCAUCCGUCUUGUCAAAGUCAUUGACGAGCGUGUCCAGCUCGGCAAACGAGUUCUAAUCCAUUGUCAAUGCGGCGUCAGUCGAUCGGCGACACUAGUCGUGGCUUAUGUUCUCUACAAGAACCCUCUGAUGAGCGUACAAGAAGCAUAUGAUGAUGUGAAGAAGCGAAGCAGAUGGAUCGGCCCCAACAUGAACUUGAUCAUGCAGCUGCAAGAGUUU